UUCUCGUCCUCCCCUUUUUCACCACGGGGAGUGUACAUAUUGUAACAUACCUACUAUGUACUGUCUAACAAUGGACCGUUUUAAUGAUGUAUAACGAAAGAGAACGUUUGGAUGGUUCUUGGAAAACGGACGCGGUCACAGGACUCGGGACACUUUGAGGCGGGGAGGAGUUACGGUGGUGUGUUCGUUUUGAACUUUUUUUUUUGUGUUGUUUCGUUCAACUCGAGAUACCGUUUCAGGCAAGACGACAGUAUAGGAAGCAUGGUUGACUGGCAGGCGACUUCAUCCACGAUCUGUGAAACUUAAGUAGCGCGCAUGGUUGCACGUGUCUGAAAACGGGACAUUAAAAACUUUGACUUUGACGGCGAUGUAAUGGUGUGAUUUAUAGCCGACGCAUUGCACGCUGAGUAUCUACAUUCUUAGUGCGAAGUCUCCCACCACCGAUUCAUUUGGUUAACGUCUCAUUCCUCUCCAGAAAACGGAUCUCUCCAGAUCAUUCUGGAUCUCUCUCUCUCCUCGCCCCUAUAGUGGAUUUGGAUGUGGGAUAGUGAUCCAGACUCCUGGACCACACACCUCUGGCCCUUCUUCAUCCAGCAGGAGUAUCUUCUAGUGCGACACACACCGUCAGCUGGUUCACAGUGGCUACUACUGGGGAUGGGGGAUCCAGUGGAGGGCUCUCUUCUGUAUGAUGGUCAGAGACACUCUGGCAGGAACCACAGUGGAACCAUCGCAGAACCACACGGCACCCACGCAGAACCAGGACGGAACCCAGCAGCUUCCAGGGGAAACCCUAGAACACGUAGAACAGCAGAACCGCGUUCAAGAACAACAGAACCAACUCCUAGAACUCGAGAACUUCGAACUCUUAGGUCAAGAGAAUGAACUCUUAGAACAACAGAACCUACAACAUCAGAUCCAACUCUUAGAACUACAGAAUACGGUCCAGACCAGCACAGACAACCGGACCACACCUCCAGACAAGACCAGUUCUGGCGGUGCCCUCCAUCCCUGGUGGCCUCAACAGAGCAGCUUUAAAGCGACUAGACCCAGUGUCCCUCUCCCCUGGCCAAGCCCCAGUGUCCCUCCCCCCUGGCCAAGCCCCAGUGUCCCUCUCCCCUGGCCAAGCCCCAGUGUCCCUCUCCCCUGCCUCGGACCUCUUCUCCACUUGCCCGAUCCGAUCCCAGACUCCUGGACCACACAUCUCCGGCCGUUCUUCAGCCAGCAGGAGUAUCUUCUAGUGCGACACACACACCGUCAGCUGGUUCACAGUGGCUACUACUGGGGCCCUAUGGAGAUGGAGGAGGCCCACCGCACCCUGCUACACACACCGCCUGGGAGCUUCCUCAUCAGGGACAGCAGGCAGCCGGACGUCUUCUUCACCCUCAGUUACCACGGCGACCGGGGGCCCGUCAGUGUCCGCGUCCUCCUGACCAGUCAGAGUUUCCGCCUCAACGGCAGUAACAAGGCCUUUGAUUCAUUGUUCGCCUUGCUGCGGUUCUACGUGGAGUCAUCCCAUAGGCGGCUGCGGAGGGCGUGGCGCAGGGAGCGACCCAUGACCUUACAGCAGCUGUGUAGGGGACGAAUCGUGGAGUUGUACGGAGCGGAGAGGAUAGAUUCACUACCUGGGCUUAACCAGGUGGUCAUACAGUAUCUACAGGACUAUCCUUAUAGUAUAUAGACACACCCUCCUACCGGAGAGUUUGGGGGACCUCUUCCGUUCCAACAGACUGCAACUUUCGGAACGGUACUGACCGAAAAUACAAUGGAAUGGAGCCCCAGGAAACGGAAUUGGAAUUUGCUGUUUCUUACACUCUCUGUCUCUGGUCUGGUUCUGUGGUUCUGUCUCUGGUCUGGUUCUGUGGUUCUGUCUCUGGUCUGGUUUACAUUUACAUUUAAGUCAUUUAGCAGACGCUCUUAUCCAGAGCGACUUACAAAUUGGUGAAUUCACCUUCUGACAUCCAGUGGAACAGCCACUUUACAAUAGUGCAUCUAAAUCAUUUAAGGGGGGGG